GCGAGCUGACGGCCCAUGGGCUCCAACUCUGCUCGACAGACAGCAAGUCUGUCAAACCGAGCUUCUCGAGUAUAUAUUUUGCUGGAAAAUCGUUAAACAACUUUUUUGGUUCAAAGUCAUAUUAAGCUGGUCACCAGUAUGUGGAUAACACCCGAAGAGGUGUUGCUUGCCAACGCUCUGUGGGUUAGCGAAAGGGCGAACCCCUUCUUCAUUUUACAGCGAAGAAAGGGACAUGGUAAAGGAGGAGGCAUCACUGGGUUGCUAGUGGGGACGUUGGAUGUUGUAUUGGACUCAAGUGCUCGUGUGGCUCCCUAUAGGAUCUUGCAUCAGACAGGGGACUCUCAAAUUUUCUGGAGCAUUGCCUGUGGCUCCUCCAGAAAAGAGAUCACAGAGCACUGGGAGUGGCUCGAGGCCAACCUGCUCCAGACGCUGUCAAUCUUUGACAAUGAAGAUGACAUCACCACCUUUGUCAAAGGGAAGAUCCAGGGCAUCAUGGCGGAGGAGAAUAAGAGCCGGCAUGCCCAGGAGGACGAGGACUCGGGCAAGUUCCGCGAGGCGGAGCUGAAGAUGCGGAAGCUGUUUGGCAUGCCCGAGGAGGAGAAGCUGGUCAACUACUACUCCUGCAGCUACUGGAAGGGCCGCGUGCCACGGCAGGGCUGGCUCUACCUCAGCGUCAACCACAUCUGCUUCUACUCCUUCCUGCUUGGGAAAGAGGUGACCCUGAUAGUGCAGUGGACGGACGUGACUCAGCUGGAGAAGAACGCCACACUGGUGUUCCCGGAGAGCGUGCGCGUCAGCACGCGCGACACGCAGCACUUCUUCUCCAUGUUCCUCAACAUCAACGACACCUUCAAGCUCAUGGAGCAGCUGGCCAACAUCGCCAUGCGCCAGCUGCUGGACAACGAGGGCUUCGCCGCCGACCGCUCGCUGCCCAAGCCCUGCAAGACCCUCAAGAAUGUCUCCGCGCUCAAGAGGGAUCUGGACGCCAGGGCGAAGAACGAGCGCUACCGGGCCCUGUUCCGUCUGACCCACGAUGAGCGGCUGGACGGGCACACAGACUGCACUCUCUGGACGCCCUUCGCCAAGAUGCAUGUGGUGGGCCAGAUGUUCGUGUCCAACAACUACAUCUGCUUCGCCAGCCGCGAGGAAGACAUGUGCCAACUCAUUAUCCCUCUGAGGGAGGUGUCCAUCGUGGAGAAGGCGGACAGCAGCAGCGUCCUGCCCAGCCCGUUGUCCAUCAGCACCAAGAACAAGAUGACCUUCCUGUUCGCCAACCUGAAAGACCGCGACUUCCUGGUGCAGCGCAUCUCGGACUUCCUGCAGCGCACGCCCGACCGCCUGUGGAGCGAAGGCGACCAGCUCCCGCUUAGCGGCCAAUCAGAGACGCCCAGCCCCACCACCCCCACCUUUCCGUCCAGCCCCCCCUCCCUGGGGGCCGGGGAGCCCCCGCAGCAGCAGCAGCAGCAGCAGCGCUACUACUGCCCCGACCUGCCCACUGCCAAGCAGGGCCUCCUCCGCAUCUACCAGACGGACGCGCCCGAGGAGAUCAUGGGCCCCAAGGCUACCAAAGAGAAGAUGAAGGAGGAGGCCUGGAACAUCCACUUCUUUGAGUUUGGCCGCGGGGUGUGCAUGUACCGCACCUCCAAGACCCGGGAGCUGGUGCUCAACGGCAUCCCCGAGAGUCUGAGGGGGGAGCUGUGGCUACUCUUCUCUGGUGCCCAGAAUGAGAUGGCCACCCACCCGGGCUACUACGCUGAGCUGGUGGAGCAGGCCAUGGGCCGCUGCACGCUGGCCACCGAGGAGAUCGAGCGGGACCUGCACCGCUCCAUGCCCGAGCACCACGCCUUCCAGAACGAGAUGGGCAUCGCCGCGCUCCGCCGCGUGCUGACCGCCUACGCCUACCGCAACCCCAACAUCGGCUACUGCCAGGCGAUGAACAUAGUGACGUCUGUGUUGCUGCUGUAUUGCACUGAAGAGGAGGCCUUUUGGCUGCUGGUGGCGCUGUGUGAGAGAAUGCUGCCGGACUACUACAACACCAGGGUCGUAGGGGCCCUGGUGGACCAGGGCGUGUUUGAGGAGCUGACGCGGGAGUGUCUGCCGCUGCUGUACGAGCACAUGCAGGAGCUGGGCGUCAUCUCCACCAUCUCGCUCUCCUGGUUCCUCACGCUCUUCCUCAGCGUCAUGCCCUUCCACAGCGCCGUGCUGCUCGUCGACUGCUUCUUCUACGAGGGCAUCAAGCUCGUCUUCCAGGUCUCCCUGGCCGUGCUGCACGCCAACAUGGAGCUGCUCAUGGCCUGCAACGACGAGGGCGAGGCCAUGACCAUCCUGGGGAGGUAUUUGGAUAAUGUUGUGAACAAGCAGACCGUGUCUCCGCCCAUUCCCCACCUCCACGCUCUUCUGACCAGUGGGGACGAGCCACCUCCAGAGAUCGACGUCUUUGAGCUCAUCAAGGCCUCCUAUGAGAAGUUUGGCAGUCUCCGUGCUGACGUCAUUGAGCAGAUGAGGUUCAAGCAGAGGUUAAAGGUCAUCCAGUCUCUGGAGGACACGGCCAAGAGGAGUGUGGUGAGGGCCAUCAUGACUGAUUCAGCCUUCAGCAUUGAGGAGUUGGAGGAGCUGUACGUCCUGUUCAAGGCCAAGCACAUCAUGAGCUGCUACUGGGGCGCGAGCAGCACGGCGGCGGAGCGGCACGACCCGAGCCUGCCCUACCUGGAGCAGUACCGCAUCGACCUGGGCCAGUUCGGCCAGCUCUUCUCCGCGCUGGGCCCCUGGGGCUGCGGCGUCCACACGCCCACGCUGGCCUCGCGCCUCUUCCGCCUGCUCGACCAGAACAAGGACGGCCUCAUCAACUUCAAGGAGUUCGUCACGGGCCUCAGUGGAAUGUAUCAUGGAGACAUGACCGAGAAACUCAAGCUCCUCUACAAACUCCAUCUGCCUCCAGCCAUGUGUCCAGAAGAGGCAGAGUCAGCACUGGAGGCAACACAGUUCUUUACAGACGACGACACACUCCAGGAUUCUCCCUUCCUGUCUCAUCUGGAUUUCCUGGUGCAGGAAGUCGCUGAAGGUGAAGAGGUAAAGGAGGCAGGAGACUCUGGAAAUGGAGACUCUGAAGACAAGAAAGAGGAGAAAGUGAAGGACUAUAAAUAUUACCUAAGGAUGUGGGCCAAAGAGAAGGAACCCAAAAAAGAGACCAUCAAAGACCUGCCCAGGAUGAACCAGGAGCAGUUCAUCGAGGUGUGUAAGACGCUCUACAACAUGUUCAGCGAGGACACCCUGGAGCAGGAGCUCUACCACGCCAUCGCCACUGUGGCCAGCCUCCUGCUGCGCAUCGGUGAGGUGGGCAAGAAGUUCUCCAACAACGGGUCCGGCAAGAAAGUUCUGGAGCCCCCAGCCCAGCCCCAACCUCCUCCCCAGCCUCUGCCUUCAGCCGACGGCCCAGAGAGAGAGGACUCCAACGGGGAGGGCAGCUCGGGGCAGUCCCUGAUCUGCAAGGCCCUGGCGGAGGCCCAGUUGGAGACGGUGGGGCCGCCCGGAGGAGGUCCGUCGGGAGCCGGAGGCUCGGACGAGGAAGGGAAGGACGACACCUCGGUCUCCUCCUACUCGGUGGUGAGCGCCGGCGAGCUCCAGUGCGAGGACAUCGCCGACGACACCGUGCUGAUCGGCUGCGGCGGAAACGGCGCGGGGGACAAGAGGCGAGGGAGCGCGCCGGACGCCGACUGGUCCAUCACCUUCGAGCAAGUGCUGGCCUCCAUGCUGACCGAGCCGGCCCUGGUGGACUACUUUGAGAAGAAGCGGGACAUCCAGGGCAAGAUGGCCGCCUGCAAGACCCAGAGGGCUGUGGAGAGGCAGAUCAGCUCUUCCAGUGACCACGAGCUGGCCCAACUGUCCACUUGAGAGCGCGCCCACCCACCAAACCGCGGCCGAGUUGCACUCUCGCUUACACAUACACCCAUACACACACGCGUGUGUGUAUUUGUGAGGGAGAGUGCGCGUAGACACACAUCAAUAGUAGUAUGUGUACAGUACGUGUGAAUGCAGGCCCAUAUCAGCAGGCGAAGGGGAGAUAUGUGGCUACGCAAACAUGCAUGUCUGACAAUAGCAUGCAGUUUUCCACGCACUUGUGUGUACUGUACGUGUGGGUGUGUGUCUACGUCGACGUAUGCAAUGUGAUGGGCAAAAGGUGUUUGUUUGCAGACGCAGGGUGCCAUUACCUGGAUGGAUCUGUGCAGUGAGGGCAAUGUUUCAGUGCAGUGUGCGUCAGAACUAAUCUCACACUAAAGCUUUAGUGAUGCUAGACUGCAAGGUCUUGUUCUAGAGAGGGACUCGCAUCAGACAUUCCCUGGAGAGGGCACCCGGAUAGGAAUUUGUUUAGCUCUUGAGCUCAGCUGAGCUUACUUGGAGCCAGCAUGUGCUGCUUUUCAAAAACUGUCUGUGCAUCUGUGCAUGUCAUCUUCCGUGUGUGUGUGUGUGUACCAGUGAUAACAUUUAAAGCUUCCUUGACGCUGUUGAGGACUUUGCCUAGCAACCUGCAACGCUCACAACCCCCAGUGCAGAGUAGAGAAAGAGGAAGUUCCGCCUGGUGGCUCCUGGGCCAGUAGCAUAUCCAGUGACAUCAUUUCUACUGCCUUUUUGAUUGGCAAAACGUCUGUCAUCAGCAACGAUAUGUAAGAGGUUAUUUGUUGAGUUGGUCAGUAUUAAUAAGUUCUCUUUUCUUCAUUUGAAAGUUUGUCCUGUGAAUCUCAACUCCGUUGGUAUAAUUGGACCAUACUGUAGCUUGGUAAAAAUGUCACCAGGCAAAUCUUCAUUGUCUUUCGAAGAUGUAACACUAUCAGACGGGCCUCAUAAUCAUGAUGCACAAAUUAGUUUACACUAAUACUGGUAGUAACUGUUUCUUUCUAAUCAAGUGGAGAUACCAUUGAUUACACAGUAUUGGGAAACUGUCCACUGUGCGGUUAUCUAGUAUUACAUAUGAUGGGCAGGAUCUGUUCGGCGGAUGUCGUUAGACCGGUCUGUAUUAUUUGCUUAUAAAUGGCUGGCUUCUAGAGUUUCUAGUCUGUGCAUUUGUUUAAAACAUUUCACCAAAUCUAAGCUGGUCUUGUAAUUCCAUGUAACACGUUUGUUUUUUAUUAGAAUUUAUCUGGGAUAACUGAUUACUUUUCCUCACUGCUUAAACACACAUCUGUAUAAAUGUAUGUGCUAAUCUUUAUGCAAAGCUAUUUGUUUGUCUUAAGCUGUAUAUAGAAGCAUAUCAUAUUUUCUUAUAUAAAGUGUUUUAUUGUUGAAAGUCUAUGUAAUACGAUGUACCUUUUAUCCUAUUUUAAAAAGCAUCCUCUAUUCUCUUCAUUUUAAACAUAUUAUUUUGUCAUUGUACGCAAGAUUGUUCUUCAAUAAAGUACCUUCAUUUUACUCAUGUUCCUACACCAAAUACAGUGGCUUGUAUCUCUAGCUGCUUCUCAUGGUUCUAAGACAUGUUCCACUGUGUUGAGACUGAGAACUAAACUGAGUGUACUGUGUUCCGGUGUUCCAUGUAACCACAGGUCUUUGUGAGUUCGCCUGUAGCAUUUCUAACUAACUCAAUAAUUCAAUCUCUGACUUGAUGACGUACAUAAUCCUCAUCAAUGGAUUUAUGCCUGUAAGACUGAAUGAAGCCUGGUGAAAAGGUAUAAUGUGUAUGUUUUCCCCACUGAGAUUCAAUUUGUUUUUUUUUCUUGUUCUCAUAUUGACAUACUCUUCCUUUACUUACCCAACACACUGAUGGUGAAUUAGAGAAGUCCGCCUUGGUAUGUGUGUAUUUCCAUGUGCAUCUUUAACUGUGAAAAUGCUUUAACAGAAACGGACUGCUUGUGACCGGCUACUUCAUGUUUACAUGCUUACAGGUGUCUCACAGUUCCCACACACCCCCCCUUUGCCAGUUCCAUGUGAAAAUGUUCAUCCGUGUCGGUGUUUGGUGCCUCAAAUACCAAGUGUCGCCUCCACAGACUACAUGGGAGUUAUUUAUUUCAUGAUACUACACUAGGUGGUUUUCGAUAAUUAUUGAUCUGUACUGUAUCACAUCAUCUUGUGUAAUAAACAAAAGUACCAUUAAAUGA